AUGAAAAUCGACGACAAGUUCUUUAAAGAGAUGUUCUUAGAACGUCUACCGACGUCGGUACAAACAAUCUUGGCCUCUGGCUCCGACGACCUAGAAAUAUCAAAGUUAGCGGAGAUGGCUGACCGUAUGAUGGAGGUUGAGCGUUUGUCAUUCCCGACGAUUGCUCAGGUGUCCCAUCCUCUUAAUGUGUCCACCUCUGCUCCGACUGAACUAAAGACAGGUUGCCCAGUUGUCAGCGACUGUUGCCGCUUUGCAGCUGCGCCGAUCCCCCGGUCCCUCUCGACGUUCCUUCGGCCGUGACCGUCGUCGUUUCCGCUCUCGCUCCAGGACUGCCAACCUACGUUGGUAUCAUGUCAACUAUGGCGACAAGGCGCGGCGCUGUGUCCCACCCUGCUCCUUUAAGUCCUCGCAGGGAAACUCCUCGGCCGGAGAGUAAAUGCGGCCGAGCUCUCUGGCAACUCUACGGGUCGCACAUUUUACGUGAGUGAUAACACGAGUGGCAGGCAUUUUUUAGCUGACACUGGCGCUCAGAUUAGUGUUAUCCCUCCCACGCCAGCCGACCAAAGUUGCCCACACCAUGGUCUUUACCUUCAAAUCUUAAACUCAUCCCCCAUUACAACCUUUGGAUUUCGAUCCCUCUUUCUGGAUAUUGGUCUCCGGUGAUUAUUCCCCUGCAUAUUUGUGGUUACUGAUGUUCCCACCGCUAUCCUUGGUGCUGAUUUUUUGGCCGCCUUUGACAUUCUGGUGGAUUGCAGACAACUUCGCCUCCAUGAUCGCGCAACUACCCUCACCGUCAAAGGAUUUCCUCCAUCCUCAGCUUUUAACUAGCUCUCUGUCCUUGACCCAGACCCUGACUGUCCAUUUCGUAGACUUUUAGCAAAAUAUCCUACCCUCACUAAAUCCCAUUUUUCUGACACCUGAUUUCCCCAUGAUAUUGUUCAUCACAUAAAAACGACUGGUCCUCCCGUUUUCUCUCGUCCCCGCCGUCUUGCUCCCGGGCGUCUUGUGGCUGCUAAAGCAGAAUUUGACCACAUGCUGCAACUAGGGAUUAAUCGACAGUCUGACAGUCCCUGGGCAUCUCCUUUGCACAUGGUUCCUAAACCAAAUACGGAUGAUUGGCGUCCUUGUGGCGAUUAUAGAGCCCUAAACAAUAUCACUAUGUUAGAUCGGUACCCCGUUCCUCAUCUUCAGGACUUUGCUGGAGCCCUUUUCGGCAAAAUCGUUUUCUCGAAGAUCGAUUUGGUGCGGGCUUUUCAUCAAAUUCCGAUUGCGGCUGAGGACAUUCCCAAAACGGCAGUGACGACUCCUUUUGGCUUGUUUGAGUUCCUUCGUAUGCCAUUUGGUCUCCGAAAUGCCUCACAGAUUUUUCAACGUUUCAUUGACCGUGUUUGACGCGACCUUCCAUUUGUUUAUGCGUAUAUUUACGAUGUUCUCGUCGCCAGUCGAGAUGUCGAGGAACAUCUCCAUCACCUUACCCUGCUUUUCGACCGAUUUCAGCAGUUUGGUGUCACCCUGCAUCCUUCCAAAUGUAUCCCAGGAGACACUUCUCUUGAGUUCUUAGUUCACCUGAUAGACUCAAACGGCAUUCAGCCUCUUCCCUCAAAGGUUGCCGCCAUUCGGGACUUUCCAUCCCCUACCUCGAAGCGUCAGUUGCAACGGUUUCUUGGUAUGGUGAACUUUUAUCGCCGGUUUUUCCCGAACUGUGCCGAUACCAUCCUACCUCUGACCAGUCUCCUCUCAGGUUCUAAGUGCACCUUUGAACUUACAACAGCAGCACUCACGUCAUUUGCGCAGGUAAAAGCCCUUCUGGCUGACGCCACCCUCCUGACUCGCUUUCAUGCUGAUGCACCCAUGUCUCUGAUGGUAGAUGCUUGGACCGUAGCCGUAGGUGUAGUCCUUCAACAACACCUUGCUGGUUCGACUCAACCACUUGCCUUUUUCUCCAAAAAGCUCUUACCAGCUGAGACACGCUACAGUACCUUUGGCCGUGAAUUACUUGCCAUUUACCUGGCUGUGAAGCAUUCGGGCAUUUCCUUGAAGGUCGUGACUUCACUAAUUUCACUGACCACAAACCGUUGACUUUUGCACUUCGUUCCCACACUGACAAACUAAACCCCCGGGAAAUCCGCCAACUGGACUACAUCUCACAGUUUACCUCAGACAUCCGCCACAUCGACGGGUCACGGAAUGAGGUGGCUGACGCGCUGUCCAGGCCCUCCAUUGCUCAUCUUCAGCUUUCACCCGGGAUAGACCUCGCUGAGAUGGCCGCUGAACAACGCCGUGUCGGUUCACCUUGUGAUGAGGAUGUUUCAGGACUCCAACUUCAGGAACUACCACUGACAACUGGCAACGGCACCAUUUUAUGCGACGUAUCCACCUCUUCCCACCGUCCAUUUGUGCCACCAUCCCCCCGCCGUAAGGUUUUCUCCUCCCUGCACAAUCUCUCUCACCCUGGGAGUCGAGCAACCGACAAGCUGGUUUCCGACCGCUUCGUCUGGCCUGGGAUGCACAAAGACCUGAAAGCGUGGACACGUGCUUGUAUCUCUGUCAACGGAGUAAGAUCCAGCGGCACAACAAGGCCCCCAUAGGCACCUUCCCCGGUCCUGGUUCAAGGUUCAGCCACGUUCACCUGGAUAUUGUAGGCCCCCCGCCUCUGUCCAAUGGUUGUUCCUAUCUCCUCACCUGUGUGGAACGGUUCACUCUGUGGCCUGAAGCAAUUCCCUGUCUGACAUUGCUGCUCCAACGGUGGUCAAGGCUUUUCUCAGUCGUUGGGUUGCUAUCUUUGGUGCAUUCUCCACAAUCGCGACUGACCGUGGUGCCCAGUUUGAGUCUAACCUCUUCCAGUCUUUACUCUCCUUUUUAGGCUGUACCCGCAUCCGGACGACAGCCUAUAACCCGACUGCUAACGGAAUGGUCGAGCGGUUUCACCGCCAACCGAUCCGGAGAACUGGACCGACCACAUUCCCCUGGUCUUCUUGGGCAUCCGCUCCGCUCUGAAGCCGGACCUUGAUUGUUCCGCAGCUGAACUGGUGUUCGGCUCCACCGUCCGACUCCCCGGUGAGAUGAUCUCGCCAACCCCUCAAGGUGCAGUUGAGGAUCCUACCAACCUCCUGCAUCGCAUCCGGCAGUUUAUGCGGACACUUUCUCCGGUUCCUCCCAGGUCCUCCGCCUCUCCGUCUUAUCUCGAGAAGGACUUGGCAACGUGCUCUCACGUCUACCUUCGAUGUGGUCAAGUCCGCCGGCCCCUGGAACCGCCCUAUGACGGCCCAUUUCGGGUGCUAUCUCGCGGGCCGAAGACUUUCCGCAUUCAGCGCGACAAUCGUGAAGAGGUCGUGAGUGUGGACCGCCUCAAGGCUGCCGUCCCUGACAUUCCUCCGGAUGAGCCCUGUGGUCCUCAACCUUCUGUUUCCCCCAUGCAGCCUCUAUUCCACCGUCCCGUAUUUACCCUUUGCCCUCCUGUCCGCCAUCUCCGACUGCCACCACCAACCCCAACACUUCCUCCACCAGAUUUAUUCACUCUUCUACGGACCCUGUAUAUUUCACUCGCUGUGGUCGUCAUGUACACUUUCCUGAUCGGUCGGUCACGCAUUUCUUUUAGACCUGUACACAUCCUUCGGCGUCGUUUUCGCCGGCCUCCGGUCUCGGAGGGGGGUACUGUGCCGAGGCGCCAGACUGUCUUGCCUUUCCCUACCUGUUCCUCAUUUUUGAACUUGCUGGUUUUUUAA